UUGCCCCCUAUAGAUUCCUGCCUCUUCCAUUCAGGAGUCCCUAUCUUCCACGAUGCCCUGAAAGGCUGGUCCUGCUGUAAGAAGAGGACAACAGAUUUCUCCGAAUUUCUCUCCAUCAAGGGCUGCACCCGCGGGCUCCACAGCAGCGUGAAGCCGCAGGAGCCCCUGAGGCCGGAGGUGUCCUCGGAUAAGGAGAAGGCCAAACCCGGCGGGGACCAGGAGAUCAUCUACCAGGGCCCCAAAUCCGCCGAGGCGCUGCAGAAAGAGAGACCCAGGUGCGAGCGGGGUCCCGCCCCGGGCUUCCCUCAUAUCCCCCUCGGUCCAGCUAGAAGUGGCCCUGUUCUCGUCUCUUCCUUUGUACCGUCGUAUUUUACCUCCGCGUUCGCGGAUGAGCCCAUGACCAAGCUGCCGCACAAGGUGUCGGCGUCGCUGACCCAGGUGCUGGAGAAACUGGACAUCAGCCGCAAAGCCGAGAACCAAAAGAAAGAGAGUCAGACGGUCAUGCAAGGGACUCGCUGCAAGAAUGCAGGCUGCAAAACGGUCUAUCAAGGUCCAGAGACGGACGUGGAGGUCUGCACCCACCACCCAGGAGCCCCUGUCUUCCAUGAAGGGUAUAAAUACUGGAGCUGCUGCUGCAUCAAGACAACAGACUUCAAUGCUUUCCUGGACCAGAAGGGCUGCACGACGGGAAAGCACCGCUGGGUUCCAAAGCAGGACAAGAAGAAGGUGGCGUGUCGACACGACUGGCAUCAAACUGGAAACAAUGUGGUCGUUACAAUUUAUGCCAAGAAUUCAAACCCUGAAUUUAGCUGCAUAGAGGCCAACCGGACAGUGCUUUCGUGUCAAAUCCAAUUUGAAAAUAAUAUUUUCAAGAGGGACUUCCACCUCUGGGGGGUGGUCAAUGUCAAGCAGAGCUCGGUCAACAUGGUACCCUCCAAAGUGGAGAUCACCCUCCGCAAGGCGGACCAGGUGGCCUGGGGCAAGCUGGAGGACCCCAACUACAAACCCGAGCCGGAUCCCGUAGAGGAGGCCUCCGACGAGAUCCCGGAUUCGCAGCAGCCCGCCUGGGAUAUCGAAGAUGACGACAUCAGCGACUCGGACGAGGAGUGGGCCUACGACACGGAGGAGAACAGGAAGAACAAGGACAGUCAGAAGGGUGGGGAAAAGCAAGCAGAGGAGGAGGCGCAGAAUUUAAAGAGGAAGGAGGUGGAGGAGGAGAUGAAGAGGGUGAUGCAUGAGAAGAAGGCAGAGGAGGAGAAGAAGAGGCUGGAAGAGCAGAGGAGGCAGGAAGAGGAGGAGGGCUAUGAGGACAUGCCUGAUCUGGAGGAUCAGGGUCCUGACUAAGUUUUUUUGUCUUUUUUUUCAUAGAAGAAAGUUAAAUACAGUUAAAUGCUGUUUUUUUUUUUUUAAAUGUAUUCAAAUUAAAAGUGGUUUUCUGUUUGAAAGCUGGCUUCUCAGACUGUUUUCGUCUCUUUCUACCGUAAAGCAAAUUCACCCUCUGCUUUAAAGCAAACAAAAAAAAAGAUGUAAACAGCUUCAUCAGUGAUAUAAAGUAUAGUUUGAGUUACGUACCUCCUU